ACAUAGAUUCGGGGCAGCUUAGCGCGGAUCGCGGCCCUCGCUGCUUGAGGAUCGUCAAGGUGACCUUGGGCCAGCGAUAACCGUUAGACGUGGAAUUAUCACUCGGCGGGGAUAUGCCAGAGGGUUGCAGAUAUCGGAGAUUGUCGGCUAUAUUGAUUGGUCUUUUGUGCGAAAGCAGCUACUACACCCCCUGUCUAGCUCUCUUUCUCUAGGAGCGGAGCGCGUCAUCGAUCCGCGAGUGACCCAUAUCCGUUGCCACUCCUCCCACCUCCCACCACCCCCAACCCACCCCGCUCGCCUUUUUCCCCCUUGUGGCUCUCGCAGCAGCCCUGCCUGCUGCCAACGAGCAGAUCUUCGCGGGUUCGGGAUGAUAAUCCAGUGAAACUCACUCCGCGAAGAACUCCACCUGCAACAGCAGCCCUGGCCUGCCAAAAUCCCUUCAAUUCGGUCAUCUGCUGCGGCGUUGGAGGUGGAGGGGCAUCGACGGGGCCCCAGCCGCCACAACUGCAGGGGACCAACACAAGAACCACCAUCAUGCAAGACCCCGUCCUUGAAACUAUCCUCGAGCAAAUGCGAGAGACCGAAGCUCGCAGAGCAGAAUUGGAGAGGCAACAUGCGGAGGCGCAAGCUCAGUUACGUGACAAGCUAGCUGGCCGGUAUCCAGGUCCUGAGUCUGUUGAAGCACUGCAAUCGAAGAUCAGGGAACUCGAAAAAAAAACAGAACUCCAAAUGGUUAGACACGAAGAACUGUCCCUAGAACUGACCAGCUUGAGACGGGCACGUAGCAGAGGACCGGUUGCCAGCAACGUGACUUCAACAGUUCCCAUGUCCACAUGGCCCCCUGCUGGUUCCGAAAUUGAUCGAAUUAUUGCCAAAAUUGAACAGGAUAACAGCUUAAGUAAAACCAGUGCCAGUAGGAUUCUGCACGAGUUGGAUCAUUCGAGGAGCAACGUGACAACUCAACAGCCGUCUGGUUCCCAAAGUAUAUUACGUUCAAGUUCAGAAAAUCUUCCUAACUUGGGGCAACAUCAGCAUCCUCCACAUCCGCAUGCAUUAAAUCUUGGUCUACCGUCACAAACAUCACACUACGCUGGUUCGCCGAUGCCAUUAACACCAAUGAUGCCUGGCUGUCCACCGUUAACACCAAAUGGUCCACCGUACCACUACAGCGAGCCGAUUCCACCUGCACCAUCUCUUUCAACUAGCCAAUCACAGCCUGCAUUUCAGCAGAAACUACAACAAUAUCAGCAACAACAACAGCAACAGCAACAGCAGCACGAACUAUCAAGCUCGCAUUCACAAGGAACCCUACCAUCUCAACAAAAACAAUUACAAACACAUACGCAGUUUUCCGGCAGUCAAUAUCAAGAAAGCUAUCCACAUACACAAACGUACCAACAACCAAUACAGCAACAACAACAUCCUGUUUCGACUUCGUACUUAACUUCGGCUACUGGAGGUCAGACUGUCAUGCCUCAUUAUACGCAACCGAGUCAGACAAAUCAAGGCUAUCAACUCAACGGUACUCAACAGCAGACAACGUACCCCACGCUGUCCAUGACUUCUCAUCCCAAUGGAACUUACAACUCUGUAACAACCAGUUACGCAUCGCAACUAACUCAUCACAACUAUUCUGGACCACAUACAAGUAUCCCCCAGACAACGCUUUCUUCUCUUCCACCGUAUUCGACAACAACACCUGCCUAUCACUCAACAUUGGGUACCUUGACUAGCUCCUCACAAAAUAUGCUUCCUUUUUCAACUGGGCAAAGCACCUUUUCAACUGCUGGUUCUAACUACUCUACAGUCGGAACAAACGCAUAUGGCACGUCGGGGGUAAACACAGGGCCUACUUCCAGUGGCUUAUUACAAGCUAUAGGAGAUCCCCUUCAAGCUAUGCAACAGUUGUCGGCACAGUCGCAAGCUAGCCAACUGCAACAACAAGCUAUUAUACAUCAAAUUCAACAGAGCUUGCGAGCCAGCUCGCCGACCGCCACUGGAUCAACUGGUCAUCACUUUUUAGGACCGAGACAAAUGCCAAAAAUCCCAACAGGCAUUUUAUCCAAUCCGAUGGAUCGUCUCACUAAUGACAAUAUGGUGUCUGAAGGACAAGUGGACAUGUUAGAUAUUCCUGGAAAAGGCAGGUGUUAUGUUUACAUCGCACGGUUCAGCUACGAACCUUUCCAGCAUUCGCCUAAUGAAAACCCUGAAGCUGAGUUGCCUGUACAAGGCGGAGAUUAUCUUUUGGUAUGGGGACAGCCUGACGACGAUGGUUUUCUUGAUGCAGAGACACUAGAUGGUCGACGAGGCCUUGUACCAGCAAAUUUCGUUCAAAAAUUGGUAGGAGAUGAUCUCUUAGAAUUUCACCAAGCUGUACUGGGACUCAGAGAUGUUGAUGAUGCUGCUUCUACUAAUAUACCACAAUGUUACCUGCAAGACAUUGAUUUGGAGUUAGCAGCACUAGAAGAGGGCAACCGGAACCGUCAAGCAGAAUUAUCUGCCUAUGCAGAGCUGGACAAUAUUGCUGAUGAAGAUGAACAAGAGCCACCAGAAGUCUACCUGUUUUCGGACCUAGUACCGGCGCCACAACACCUCACCCUUGAACGUCAGCUGAACAAGAGUGUGCUGAUCGGUUGGACUGCGCCGCAAGAGAAUUCUCAUCACCUCGAGUCAUACCAUGUCUAUGUUGAUGGAGUCCUUAAGGUCACUGUCAAAGCUACUGAGAGAACUAGAGCAUUGGUCGAAGGAGUUGAUUCCACAAGGCCACACAGGAUAAGUGUUCGAUCUGUAACACACUCUCGGCGGACGUCGCGGGAUGCUGCGUGUACUAUGGUGAUUGGUAAAGACGUUGCCAUGGGACCGACUGCAGUUAAAGCAUCAAACGUUACUGCAACUAGUGCCGUCAUUUCAUGGUUACCAAGCAACAGUAAUCAUCAGCAUGUCGUUUGCGUCAAUAAUGUUGAAGUUAGAACUGUGAAACCUGGAGUUUACCGUCACACAAUAACUGGCUUAGCUCCAUCCACGAUAUACAGAGUAACUGUUAAAGCAAAGAACUUGAGGGCUACUCACUUUGAGGACCAGAAUACGCAGUCAGCUAAUGCAUUGGCAUGUCACGUCCACUUCAAGACGCUACCUAAGGGACUGCCGGAUCCUCCGGUCGAUAUACAGGUGGAGGCAGGACCGCAGGACGGCACUUUGCUAGUGACCUGGCAGCCUGUUGCCCUAAACGGUUCGGCCGUCACCGGUUAUGCGGUUUACGCGGAUGGUAAAAAAGUUACAGACGUUGACAGUCCAACUGGAGAUCACGCUUUGAUUGACAUACACAAAUUGAUGGGUCUGAAUCCCAAACAUGUAACAGUGAGAACAAAAAGUAGGGAAAGUCAGUCCGGAGACAGUUGUGCAACUGCGAUUCCAUGCAGCGUUCUCAGAGGAGGCCCCCAUUUGCAUGGCCCUCAUGGGCCUGACCUCAACCAGCAACAAAUAUCCAAUCAAGAAGACCCUAACCGUAGAGUUACAAAUAUGAAUCAACGAUAUCCGAGCGCACCUGUACCUCCGCAUAUGAGGCGGCACGGCACAACCAGGGUGGAUUCACAUGGUCAAGUAGUUAUCGAGACUGACGAAAAUCUCUCGGAUAAAGAAAUAUAUCCAGGGCAGAGUAUACCGCAGAUAGGUGUGCCAGAAAUCACAAAAGAUUCGGCUAGUGAAGCAAAUUACAGCGAGGAAGAAGAUCCGUCUAGAAGAGGAAGAAACAUGCCUCCGCAUCAUGGCCAUCACAGAUACAAUAAUCCAGGGAUACCUGCUGGACCAACUCACAGAGGAGGUAGACCUACCGGAGCUCCUAGACCUCAGGAUCCAUAUUACGAUCAAUCGGCAGGUAACCAAAGAGGAAGAGGUCCAGUGUAUCGAAGUGGACGAGGAGCAAGUCAGGCUCAAAGUGGAGGUGCUGGUGGACCGCAUCAUGCUCCUGGCGGGGCUCAGCAAGUUAACAAACGGACCAGGUGGUUUGUAGCUCUAUUUGACUACGAUCCUACUACAAUGUCACCAAACCCUGAUGCCUGCGAAGAAGAGUUACCUUUCAGCGAGGGUGAAACUAUCAAGGUUUAUGGGGAAAAAGAUGGGGAUGGAUUUUAUUGGGGUGAGUGUAGAGGCCGAAGAGGUUUCGUACCUCAUAAUAUGGUCGAAGAAUUGAAGGAUCAAGGUCCAAACUCAGGCGUUGCGGUUCGGCGAACUGUCCAAGGUAGUGGUCAGGGAGACAGGUGGGGUGAUAUAUACGCCAAUAUGCCUGUAAAGAAGAUGAUCGCCCUUUAUGACUAUGACCCUCAAGAACUUUCGCCAAAUGUCGACGCAGAGCAAGUGGAACUGAGCUUUCAAACUGGCAAUGAGAUCUAUGUCUAUGGGGAAAUGGAUGAUGAUGGGUUCUAUAUGGGCGAACUGGAUGGAGUACGUGGGCUAGUUCCGAGUAACUUCCUCACAGAAGCACCUGGUCAAGCACAAACUCAAGGCCAAGGCCAGGUUCAACAGCCUCCUGGCAGUAGAAGAGCCCCUGGGCAGGGUCAAGGUCCAGGUGCACGAGGUCCACCGCCUCCUCCUAGGGAACCUCCUCCACCUGGCCAUCGUCGCCCAAAAGAUGCGUCUGCCUGCAUUGUGCCUGUGUCUGUCCCUGUCUGUCACUUAGACUCUAGACAACAACAACAACAACAACAACUACCACCACUAAUGAACAACCAACAACAACAAAACAAUCCACCACCGCAUCUAGCCUAUCAACAAGCGAACAACCACAGCUACACGACUGUAACCACGUCUAAUCAGCACGGACCUAAUCACCCACCCCCUGGGGGUGUCAUGGGCUCCCAUAACGCCCAUCAGGUGGGCCAAGGGUCUGUCCCACCCCACCUUCAGCAGCAGGGGAGGGGGAGAGGCGUGGGCAAUCGAGUCGUUGGUAGUAACGCAGCGGGGGUUCUCCAAGGUCCGCCACCGCACUUGCAGCAAAAUGAAUAUCCGACACAGCAGCAACAGCAGCAGCAACACCAACAACAGCAACAACAACAACAAGGACCUAGUCAACAGUAUUCACAACAAAAUCCACAAAACCAGAACUACAGUCAACCAAAUCAAGGCUAUCAACAAAACCAAGGCUACAGCCAACAGAACCAAAACUUCAAUCCGCAGAAUCAGCAAUUUCCGCAGCCAAACCAAGGAUACCAACAAAAUCAGGGAUACGGGCAAAUGAACCAACAGUAUUCACAACAAAACCAAAGCUCGUCAAUCUCAGGACCUCAAGGUACUACUAAACCUAUGCGAGGUAUACCAACCGUUAUACCGACUGCCCAAAGUAAGACGCAGGCUGAUGGUCAAGCUCAACAACCAGCUCCAGCUGCUGGACCAAACCUAAUGCAAAAAUUCACAGAAAUGGCAGGGGCUAGUGCAGGUGGAGAUAUAUUGUCGAAAGGCAAGGAACUUAUCUUCAUGAAAUUCGGGUUGGGGAAGUGAAGUCUAUCCGUUUUUAUUAGAUUCAUUUAUUCCCGUUUCUACAUUAUGCUGACUGUGUCAUUUGGCUCAGACCUCUAUGUAUUCUGAACUCUCACUCAAAGAAAUUGUAAAAUAGGGUUCUUUGAUGAAAUUGAUAGAUUUGUCAUUAAAGGCUAGUUAUUGAAUAAACACUGUCUCACCAUCAACAACUACAAAUCUGUAAAUUAUGUCAAUUGUCUGAGGAAUUAGACAAUUGUUUAUUCAAUGUCGCGUCCUGUUAU